CGAUGUGUUGUCCAAUUUACACGAGGCUUCUUAUUCACUCCCCGAGGUCAGUGUUGAGUUGUCUCGUUAUAUCCUUGCUACGAAAAUUGGCAGACUUUAGGACGGCGAAAAGAAAUGGCUCUGCUGGUGCCCUAGCCUUCACCUAUUCCCGAUCCUGUCUAUCCCUCGAGCGACGUGGCCAAUCAGUGUGUGUGUGUCAGCGACACAUGAAUGGUGAUAUCCAAGGAAUGGCUCGCGGGACAAAGAAGCCGCCCGUCUCGAAUUCCCGUCGAUAGAGAAAAUUCGCGGAUGAAACAGAAACAUUUGAGUUGUUAAGGCUUGAGUGAAACCAAAUGAAUAUCUUCGACGCAAAGUCCAACAGUUUUGGUUUUGUUUUGCUCAAGGAGGGAACUUGGCCUCGUGAGAUCUCUGUCGAUCGCCAGGCGAGGCUGUUGGCUACAUUGGAACGAGCGAGGUUCCUCUGACAGUGGACUGAGUGUCUCUGAGAGUGGUUCUCAGCCAGGGACGACUGCCCUUCUGGCCACAGCGCCCAUGAGGUAACGGCGAGAAGUCCCAUACCAGCCUCGCUCUGCCCUCCACCCCCAUCUCCCUCUAUCCCUCCAUCCCUCUCCAGCGAUGGGUCAGAAGAUCUCGGGCAGCAUCAAGUCAGUUGAUGCACGGGGUGAGCCCUCAUAUCGGCCUGUCCGCCGUGAGCUGCGGGGUCCAGACUUCUGCCGGCCUCCUCGUCUUGACCUACUUCUGGACAUGCCCCCUGCGACCUCUGACCUGCAGCUCCACCACGCCUGGAACCCAGAGGACCGCUCGCUCAACGUCUUUGUCAAGGAGGACGACAAGCUGACCUUCCACCGCCACCCGGUGGCCCAGAGCACUGACUGCAUCCGCGGUCAGGUGGGCUACACACGGGGGCUCCAUGUCUGGAGGAUCCACUGGCCGGCGAGACAACGAGGAACACACGCUGUCGUAGGGGUGGGCACGGCUGACUCUCUUCUACACUCUGUGGGUUACACGGCCCUGGUGGGUUCGGACUGUGAGUCGUGGGGCUGGGACUUGGGCCGGAACAGACUCUACCACGACAGUAAGAACCGGCUGGCCUCCACUUCGGCACCAACAUACCCGUGUUUCCUAGAGGCAGACGAGUCGUUUGUUCUGCCGGAUGCCCUGCUGGUGGUGCUGGACAUGGACGAGGGCACGCUCAGCUUCAUGGUGGACGGCCAGUACCUGGGCGUGGCCUUCAGAGGGUUAAAGGGCAGGAGGCUGUACCCUAUCGUCAGUGCCGUGUGGGGACACUGUGAGGUCUCCAUCUGCUACGUCAAUGGACUGGAUCCGGAGCCCCUCCCCCUGAUGGACCUGUGCAGGCGAGUGGCCAGGCUGGCUCUGGGGCGGGACCGAGUCAACCAGAUAGACACCCUCCCUCUGCCAGAGACCAUCAAGAACUACCUCCAGUACCAGUGACCCGACACACACCAGGACAACCAAUGACUGCUUGACGACGGCUACAUUUCACUACGGUCAACCACAAACAAUUGAAUCCUGAACCACUGGACAUCUACUGAGGAUGAUGAUGGUUGGGAGGAAGCCUAUAAAGGAGUUGCGAGCAUCCUUUUAGGAUUUGUGUCCAUUUUCACCUCCGUUGUUUCAAUUUGCUCACUGCUGCUGUCCCCCAGAUGGACAGACAGAGGUAGAUGGGCUUGAGACUGGACUCUAGCAGAAGUGUUGGGCUAUGAUGCUGGCUUCUCAUUGGGUCUAUAAUGUGGAAGCUUCUAGAAUAUAUUUCUGGAGGAACAGGGCGUUUUGGGGAUGAUGCACACAGACAUAGUUACUGUACAUUUAUACAGACUCUCUGGAAGCCUCUCUGAACAUGUAGAUAUUUAGACAACUGAGGCUCACCAGCCCCUAGCCACAGGGACGCGAACAUCGUUCAACGCAUGCAUAUGCAAACACUAGCUCAUGCUCAGAGGGGCUGUUUUCAGUCUGUGUGAGGUUUUAUGCAAGUGUGGGUUGGUGCGUGUCGGCCUUGCUCCGCAACAGGCACCCCAAGACAUCAGUCUGACCCACUGAGUUUGGCAACACUGCAGCCCUGAUCUCUCUAGUCCCCUGCUGCACUGCACCUUCCUCUCAACUGGCAGUCUCCCUUUAUUUAUCAGUGGGUUUCAUUGGAUCCAUGCCUCUGUCUGUCUGGGUGAGUGACUGGUUGUGCAUCCAGUGGCACCCUAUUCCCUACAUUGUGCACUACGUUUGAUCAGAUGGUGUGCACUAUGUAGGGAAUAGGGUGCCAUUAUGGACAUACCUGGAAUGUUGUCAGUCAGUGUGAUGUGUUAAAGCUGAGGUUGGUCUGAGGGCCAUUCUGCUGUUACUGUUUAUGUGCCUGCUCAGGGAAAGCACACCUCUCACAGGAGACAAAAAAAAAGACCUGCUGCUUUUUCCCCUCUUUCUGUUCUUAUCCUGAUGGUGACUACUCCUUUAAGAAUACGUUCUGUUUUUAUGACUGAGGUUUUAGUUUGUUUCUGAUUUUUGUUUUCUAUGGUUUUGUUUUCUAUUUGCCGGACAGGAAGUGACCCGGGUGAGACAGGAAGUCUCGCUGAGAGAGACUUAUCGAGGAAUGUGCUGCCAUGAGAAUCUUUUAAAUGUGAAUAAACCACAAACUGAACCAAACACGCUGGUGUUUUCUGUCCAGUUGGACCUACUGUCAUCUCAGUAUGCCAGUGUCAUCCAAAUGAAGGGAAGUCUCAAUGCUGCCCAGCACAUUCACAACACUAAGCCUUUGAACCAAAAAUAGUCAUUCAUUUAUUUAACUGUGAUUUUAAGUAUGUUGCUGUAGUUGAUAUUUAGUCAGUGAUGUUUUCUGAAGCUGAUGUCCCAUGGGGCAGGCAGACUUUGAACAGAGAACAAAGCCUGUUAUGUGAUCACAGUUCAGACAAAGCAGCUUUCCCUGACCAUUCAGAAAACCCCUUCAUGUUUUACAGCAUAAAUCUGUCUGUCGAUCAUAUCAAGUUCACACCAGGACAGCAAAGUGGUACUGAUGAGAUGAUUUAACGCAAGUGGUGAGAGAGUUCAGUUGUAGGGAAGGAAACAUUUCCCUAAAUGAUAACAAUCAUCCUACUCUCUCAAUAGGAAGGCUUGGUAGGGAUGAUCUUGCAGGGCCAUAGUUACCGGCCCAUUACCAGAAGUGUACAUAAGCUGUGUUAUAGCAAUUGGCUCAUUCAUCCCCCUCCUCUCCCCUGUAACUAUUCACCAGGUCGUUGCUGUAAAUGAGUGUGUUCUUGUCAACUUACCUGGUAAAAUAAGGGUUACAAAUUUUUUUUUAUAAUGGAUCUCAGGCGAAGGCUUUAGUGCUGAAAUGCAAGGAUUUGAAGGAUGAGGAAGCGCUUCAGGGCAUGAUGCUGGACACAGCAUCACAGUUUGAGGCUAAGACCAGGCAUUGGAAAUCAAAUAUCAGUUAAAUGAGAUCAUCCCUGCCCUUUUGAAUUUAGUAAUUAAUUUACUCCCUUGUGGAAAGGUAGGAUCAAAUCAGGAUAAAAGCCGGUGCUCAGAAGUAGUUUGAUCUGUCUAAAAGGGGCUUAUCCUUGAUACACCCCUGUUUCUUGACAGUUUGUUGUGACAGCUUGAUUUGAUUUGAGCUGCGCAACUAUGCCGCUUUAGAAUUGAGCUCUGAUAUGUCCUGUUGACUGUUGACUGGGGUUUAAUCUUACAACAGUGACUAUUGGCUCCCUCCUUUCCCUUCUCUUCCCUCACCCCCUCUCCCCCUACUCAACCCAUUUAUUUCUCCCCACUUCUCACCCUCUCCAACCAGCUUUCCAUCAUCGUCCAUAUUAUUACUCUCUGCACUCUCCUGUCCUUUACCUCUUAUGCCUGUACUUUCCAUAUCCAUCACGAAAGGUGUAAUCUCUCCCCUCACCGGUCUAUUCUACUGCCUUCACACUCUCCAUGAUGCCCAUCAACAUUCCUCCUUUCACUCUUCUCUGCUCACUCCCUCAUUCCUUUCCCUCCCUCUCAUCCUGUAUUGAGUGACAUGGAGGGAGGUGGGAGGAGAACUGUAGCAGUUGAAGGGCUGUUAUCUUCCACAGAGGGAAGAUGAAGAAAUGUAUAAUUCCUAAAAGAAAAUCACCUCUUUAGGUUUGCUCUUUUCUCCUGCAGAGCGUUAUGUAAAAUGUAUUGUUUGGUUCUGUGGUCUGUUUCUCUCGCUCAGAUUAAAUGAAUGAGUGCUUGACUUCUCAAAGCUACUUUUCUCUUUGACCUAUUUGAAUGAUCUUUAAAAAGGGUACAUAGUCAGUCUUCUAGACGAAGCGCGCACACUUAACAGAAAAUAGCCCUUUACUCACUUUAGGUAACUGUCAAUCAAAAACGUUUUAAGAACCAUGAUUCAUUGCAACCAGUGAAGGGGGCUGUGAAUGUGGUCAGUGCAGGCAUGGAACAGAAUUGGCAGAACCACUAGCACUUAGAGGCGUCCAAGUAAAGGUCAGCAUCCCUCAGCGCAUGGCCGUCAUCACUGCAUCUCUUCUUUCCAGAGCUGUGUUGUGGUCACAUUCUAACAGACACACACUGACCUGUGAGUGGACCUGGGGGCUAUUGUCAACUCAAGGAAACAACCGAAGCGAUGUGGGAAAAUCACAAACAGUCCAAUGGCUUCCUGAGAUACUUUGUGAGGGUAUGGACUAGGGAAGGAAGACCAUGAGACGAAAGAGCAUUUUCCUUUUCAACAACUGCUGCCACAUUGAGGAGAACAUUACAGGACAUUGUUGCUGUGACGUCAAUGAAUUGUAUGAAGAAUGGAAAGUACAAGCACAUUGUUGAAAGAGGACCUCACUAUGGUUUGACGUCCAUGUUGUGGUAGAUGGUAUUGUGUGAUGGUAAUUCUACUGAAAGGACAGGGCAUGUCCUGUAUGGAGCUGUAGGAGGGUUGUUUUCCUGUCCAGUGUCUGGUUGAUGUGAAUAUCCUCCGAGACCCUUUCGACCGUCACUCUUUUGGCCCCUGCUGAACACUUGGACUGACCGCCUGCACCGACUCUCGCCCACACCUGUGUCUAGCAGACUCUUAUGUCUAAAUACUGCACUAUUUAAACACUUGGCCCCCAAUCCACCCUUUCCUAAAAAACAUGUCAAUAUUGGACUAUAAAUUGUGCCUUCCUAUAUUAUACUUAUGCUAAAAUGUUUUCUAUUCUGAGCUAUUUACUUCAUUCGUAUUCUUUUAUUUCUCAUUGUUGCAUUAUUGAAGGAACAUGCAAGUAAGCAUUUAGUUGGAUGGUGUAUCCCGUACAUACGACUAAUACAACUGGAAACUUGUUUGUUUUGAGCAACUUGGUAGAGCUGCUGGUACCUGUGGUCAAUACUGCCAUCUGCUGGUUGUAAAAACGACCAGUUUAGUGAACUGUCUUUUCUGUCGGUAAAGUGGGACUGACAUUUGAUAAGGGAAUCGUAUGGUAAUGUUCUGGUCACAAUUAAACCACACAAAUGCCAAAACACUCCAACCACUUGUUUUUUAAUAGAUUUGUUUUACAAACUAGGGGUGAAGAGAAUGCAUAGAGUCAGCCACACUUCUAGGAGGCUCGUCAGAGACAUGAAAAAAUGGAAAAGGAACACACUGUUAGUAAUUAAUAGACUGGGCGCAUACUUCUAAAGGACACACAACCCUACAGGGUCUCUCUCACACCUAAAAAACAGAAGGGCAUGAUUGAUAAUCAUAUGGAACGGACACACACACAAUUCAGACAUUCAAGGGCAAAGCGAGAACAGAUCCAUGUGAAGGAACUGUGUACCAAAUGUCUCUAGAUAUAAACACAGAGUAGAAGCACGUACGUGUAGAGCAGGGAUCAAUAAAAAAAUAGAGAGCGCCCAAAGUAUUGGGACAGUGACACGUUGUUUUGGCUCUGUAUUCCAGCACUUUGGAUUUGAAAUGAUGCAAUGACUGAGGUUAAAGUGCAGGCUGUCAGCUUUAAUUUGAGAGUAUUUUCAUGCAUAUCAGAUGAACAGUUUAGAAUUUAACACCAGUUUCUGUACAUGGUCCCAUAAAAUUGGGGGACUAAGAGUAUUGGGACAAAUUCAGAUGUGCAUCCUAAAUGAGUCGUGACUAACGAUGACUGAGAGAUGCACAAAUAUCAUACCUCCAAGAAACGCUAACCUCUCACCAUUACAAUAAAAGGGGAGGUUGCAUUUUUUGGGGGGGGUAUGAUAUUUGUGCGUCUAACUUUCUCACUCAUUAUUCACGAUUCAUUCAAGAUUAUCCUGAAGUGUUUAGAAAUAUAUUCUAUUAUUUGUGAUAAGUGACUCAAAUGGCAAUACAUUAUUUUGUGCCCAAUAGAAAUUAAUGAUAAUCUGAAACAACCAAAAACAAACAGCAAAUGCAUCCAACCAAUUAUAGUCACAAGCGUGAUGUAGUCAUUGCAUGCUAUGAAUAUAUUACCAAAUACUAAAAUGUUUACUACACAAGUGAAUUGGUCCCAAUACUUUUAGUCCCUCCAUUUUAGGGGACCAUGUACAAAGUGCUGUAAUUUCUAAACGGUUCACCUGAUUAUGGAUGAAAAUACCCUUUAAUUAAAGCUGACAGUCUGCACUUUAACCUCACAGCCAUUGCAUAAUUUCAAAGUGCUGGAGUACAGCGCCAAAACAACAAAUUGUCACUGUCCCAAUAUUUUGAGCUCUCGGUAUAUAUUAUUGUGGAAACUCACUCUGGGUCUCAACUUACUGUUGACAGUUUGAAUUUGUACAAUACACAAGGUGCAAUUUCAAAAAUGUUGUUCAGCAGUUUCUCAUGUCAGUCACUGACAGUCACUCAAUUAGGCCAUGUCAGCCAGUGGGGUAAAGUAUUUUUACUUAUGUCGUUUGAGUAUCUGUACUGUACUAUUUAUAUUUUUGACAACUUUUACCCCACUACAUUCCUAAAGAAGAUAAUUUACUUUUUACUCCAUACAUUUUCCCUGACACCUAAAAGUACUUGUUACAUUUUCAAUACAUAGCAGGACAGGAAAAUGGUCCAAUUCAAACGGUUAUAAAGAGAAUAUCCCAACUGUCUCUGAUCUGAGACUCACUAAACAAAAAAUUCUCUGUUUGUAAAUGUCAGUGUUGGAGUGUCCAGGCUGUAUCACAUCCAGCCUUGAUUGGGAGUCCCAUAGGGCGGCGCACAAUUGGCCCAGCGUCAUCCGGGUUUGGCCGGGGUAGGCCGUCAUUGUAAAUAAGAAUUUGUUUUUAACUGACUUUCCUAGUUAAAUAAAAGGUUAAAUAAAAAUUAAAUGAAAAAUCUAUGAAUAAAAAAGUGUGCUGUCUGGGUUGCUUAAUAUAAGGAAUGUGACAUUUAUUUUACUUUUGAUACUAAAGUAUAUUUAAAACCAAAUACUUUGACUUUUACUCUAGUAGUAUUUUACUUGAGUCAUUUUCUAUUAAGGUAUCUUUACUCAGUAUGACAAAUUGGGUACUUUUUCCACCACUGAUGUCAGCAAAAAAUGAUUAGAUUGGUAAAUUAGUCUAGCGGCCAGCUAUACUUAGUACUUAUGGUUGAAUUACUGGCCGGCGGCCCCCAUUGAAUAACAAAUUCAGUCUCCCUCAGAUGUAUUAUAAACUGCCAACAUUUCUCGCAACUCUGUCAAAAUGUGUAGAAUUGCAGGAAGUUAGCUAUAAAAAAUAUAAUU